AUGGAGGAUUCCAUGUUUAUCUCACAGAGCAAAUAUGCCAAGGGCUUGGUCAAGAAGUUUGGUUUAGAGAAGUCAGGUCACAAAAGAACUCCAGCUGCAACUCAUGUUAAAUUAACCAAGGAUGAGCAGGGAGAAGAUGUUGAUCAAAGUCUCUACAGAAGCAUGAUAGGAAGCUUGUUGUAUCUUACUGCUAGUAGACCUGAUGUCACUUUUGAUGUGGGUGUGUGUGCUAGAUACCAAGCUGCUCCUAAAACAAGUCAUCUACUGCAAAUUGGGCAGUUUCUCAUCAAAUUUCUGUAUUCAAAGUGUUGUUUCACUCAAAUCAUCAUGUCUGAAGCAUCAGGGAAGCACGAUUCUGUCAAGGCCAAGGUUGAAAGAACUCCACUUGGUGUGAAAUGCAUAGGCCUCAAGAGUGGUUCAUCAGAUUCAAAGAAGAAGUUUGUGAAGAAGACGACCAAGACUCCAUCAAGAAAGGUGUAUCAAUCUCAGGCUCGUGAUAAGACUCCCUCAAAUGCUCCUAUUAUUGAGGAUGUCACAGAUGAAGAAGAGCUUUCUGCUGAAAACUCUGCCAUUGGUUCCAAUCAAGAUGUUGUGCCCGAUGUUAGGGCUUCUGUACCUGAAGAUGUUCCUAAUCAAGAAACUUCUGGGAAGGAAUCCACUGCUCGUGUAGAUUCAGGUGUACCCACUCAUUCUGAUGGUUCUUCUUCUCCUUCGAAAGAGGAUGAACCAGUGCAUGUGACCAUUGAUGAUUCUCAGCCCAAGGAAACAAGCCAGGCUCCUGCCUCUGUUCAGAAUAUUUCUGAUGAUGACUCUGAUGUUCCUUUAACUGCUUCUCUGCAUGAUAGUGUCGCUGCCAGGAUCAAGAGAAAAAGAAGGGUUCCUGAUGUUGAAGAAUCUCCUAGUCCAAAGAAGAAGACCAAGUCCACUCCAACAACUUCUAAGUCUAAGCAAAAAGAUGUGAAGGGAAAAGGUAGGCAACAGGAAGUUAAAUCCAAGAGUGUCAAGAAGAAGAAGGUUCCCGUUGCUGCUGAGGAAUAUGGGUCAGAUGUUGAGGGGGAUGUCGAGGACAUCUUGCCUUCUGAGAAGAAGAAGUAUGCAGGAAAACGCAUUCCUCAGAAUGUCCCUGCUGUUCCUAUUGACAAUGUGUCCUUUCAUGCUGAAGGUAAUGUCCAGAAGUGGAAGUAUGUGUGUCAACGCAGAGUUGCCAAGGAAAGGGAAGUUGGCUCUAAUGUACUUGAGUGCAAGGAAGUGGUUGCACUUAUUGAAAAGGCUGGACUUAUGAAGACCAUUCUCAAGGUGGGAAGGUGUUAUGAAAAACUGGUGAGGGAAUUUCUGGUGAAUCUGUGUGUGGAAGUGGGACUUCCUGAAAGUAUUGAGUUUAGAAAGGUGUUUGUAAGGGCACAAUGUGUUGAAUUCUCCCCUGCUGUGAUCAACAAAGCACUUGGAAGAAGUGUUGUUGAGUUUGUUGAUGAGGAGUUGUCCUUGGAUGUGAUUGCCAAGGAGAUUACUGCAGGCCAAGUCAAGAAGUGGCCCAUCAAGAAGUUGCUGUCUACAGGAACACUGAGUGUGAAGUAUGCCAUUCUUAACCGGAUUGGGGCUGUGAAUUGGACUCUGAAGCAUGCUGACACUUGUGCUGUGAAGCUGCCCAUAUCAUUUCCAUCUCUUCUUACAGAAAUCAUUCUUCAACAGCAUCCUCAGAUCAUCAGGGCUGAUGAGGUUCAUUUGCCCAAGGGUGUUCCUAUUACCCUGGAUCAACGAUUGUUUAUGGUGCCACAUGUCAUAGACAUUGCUUUGCCAUUUAGCAGGACUUCUACCCCUGCUCCUGUGAGUGAAUCUAGUACUAAGGCCAUUAUUGCUGAAUUGAUGGAUGUUUCUAAGGCUCUACAUGAGACUAUUAGGAUCAGCACUGCAAGGAAGCUAAAGGUUGAUGCUUUGCUUCUCAAGCUUCAAGAGGAAGAAGGUCAAGAGGGUGAGCCAAGUGGUGCUGCUGUUGCUCCUCAGAAUGCCAACACUGAAGAAGAGGGACAAUCUGAAGAGAGUAUAGAAGAAACUGAAGGCGACUCCAGUUCUGAAGAUUAG